CUAGGCUCUAGGUUUAUGCUAACGCUGAGCCUCUCUAGCCUUCGAUCGCCGUCCUCUCGGUGGUAGCGACGGGGAGGAAAGGAAAAGCCGGCAGCGAAGUCGGCCCUACGCGAAUGCGAGUGCAGCCCAAAUUCUGCAGAGGAGAGCACGAGCUAAGGGCGAUCAGCAUGUGACCUACUAGAGCGAGCGAGCCAGAGAGAGAGAAAGAUCAAUCUAGACAAAAUCAAACAAGGGAAAUUUGCUGGAAUCUAGAGUGAUGGAUCCAUGUUCAGUUGGCGUCCAGCUUCGUACCACAAAUGAGUGUCAUAAAACCUACUACACUCGUCACACGGGUUUCAAGACUUUGCAAGAAUUGUCAUCAAAUGAUAUGCUUUUACUUCAACUUAGAACUGGAAUGACACUUUCUGGGAACAAUACCAUUUGCUUCCAUCAUGCAAAAAUUUACAUUGACAGAUUUGAGGAUUUGCAGAAGUCAUGUUGUGACCCAUUUAACAUACACAAAAAACUAGCCAAAAAAAAUUUGCAUGUAAUUGACUUAGAUGAUGCCACUUUUCUGAGUGCAAAAUUUGGAAGACAGCUUGUACCUGGUUGGAAGCUUUGUCCAAAAUGUACACAGAUAAUCAAUGGAAGUGUGGAUGUUGAUUCUGAAGACCGGCAGAGAAGAAAACCUGAUUCAGAUGGAAGAACUGCUAAAGCUUUGAGGUCAUUGCAAUUUGCAAACCCGGGAAAGCAAACCGAAUUUGCUCCAGAAACUGGUAAAAGAGAAAAAAGAAGGCUCACAAAAAAUGCAACCGCUGGUUCUGACAGACAAGUGAUACCUGCGAAGAGUAAGGUCUAUGAUAGCCAGGGUCUCCUGAUUUUCAGUGGAAUGGACCUUUGUGACUGCCUUGAUGAAGACUGUUUAGGAUGUUUCUAUGCUUGUCCUGCCUGUGGUUCCACCAAAUGUGGAGCUGAAUGCCGCUGUGACCGCAAGUGGCUGUAUGAGCAAAUCGAAAUCGAAGGAGGAGAAAUCAUUCAUAACAAACAUGCUGGAUAAUUUGUGGUAUCAAAUAACGGGCUCUUUAAAGAUCCCUUCUCCAUUUCUAAAACUCUCUUAUCCUAAGGUACAUUUUAAAGUUGACUGCCAGAUGAUGAGAAUUUUUGAAAACCACCUCAACAUGCACUCACUGUGCACUAACGUUGCAUUUAGGGUGCUUUAAGAUUAUUAUCUGAUGUAUAUUUAGAUGGGCUGUUCCUCAGCAGUCAGCUUUAAGCCUGUUAGUGUUAACAAGUAGGCAGUCCUCCAUUAGCACAGCUUAAAUUUCAGUUACCAUGGUCUAUACUGUGAGCAGUUAGGUGAAGUACAAACUUCCCUGCCAGCCCUUUGGUUCACAGCUCAUUAUGGAACAGACGUGCUUCAUCAUCUCUGACCAAUCACAGUAAUUCUCUCACAGUAAUUCUCUCAGAUUCUGCUAGUGAUUGGUUAUUGCACAGCUGUCAUUCAGUUCACUCACAGCAAAGCCCUGUGGUUGUGUUGUCUCCUUGUAACCCAUGUGACAUUUUACAGAAGUAGAUCAUCAAAAGAACUGGCCAACAAAGAUAAAAGUGAGUGAAGAAAUGAAAAACUGCACUGAAUGUAAGUGGAGUUGUAGAAGGGAUCACUGAUGGGAAUGUUGGCGCUGUUGCUGUUCUGGAGCCUCAGUGUGAAGCUAGGGGUGCCUCGCGGGGGCACGUGUAACGUGAAUAAGCAAGUUGGUCGUGACAGGAAAGUUGAAUAGGUCCCUGAGGAAGUGAUGGGAAAAACUUCAUGUUAAAGGAAAUUAGAGUUAUUUUACAACAUUGAAAGUACAAAUGGAAAAAUGGUGGAAGCUGAUCCAAACUUGAGUAUGACAGUUCGCAGUGGCUUAUUUAUAGUAUCCUUAGUUAACAAAAAGGCAAGCACUGUUCAGACCACUUUUGGUUAGUUUUUUACAGUGAAAUAACACUUUCUCAAUGUUUCUAAUGUUUUAAAUUAUAGUGUACUAACAUAGUUUUUUUACAGUGUUUUUGUUUUCUUUUGUUUGUAACUGACCGAGUUUUAAAUAUUUUCACAGAUUUUUAAAGGUCACAGAAUAUUUUUCCCCAUAUUAAGAUUGCUUCGAAUGGCCAUUUUUGAUGGUCCUACACUACUGUGCAAGCCAAGGACUGUAGCUGAGAACAGGGCCUACCUACAUCAGAAAAAAUUAAUUUUGAUAAAACUAGGUGGUUGAGUGUUAAAAGAAUUUUGGAAAUCUACAUAUCUGAAUGCUAAAAUUCGUCUUGCAGCUUACCCUUAAAAAAAAAAAAGUUUUAGUAUUGUAAACAAACCUUUCAUUGUUUAGACCAUAUGUUCUUGGUGAAAAUUUUUUCUUGAUGGCAAAAAUCUCAUUCUUUUUAUAAAACAUCAGUGUACAUAUAAUACAUAAACAGGGAUACAUUGUAUCUACGGUAUUAAAGUUUUAUGGGGUGGUGAUUAGGAUUAAAAGGCCUAAAAAAGGCUUUAAGGGAGUAAUAAUGAGAAAAAAAACAUUAGAGAAACACUGGUUGAGAGUAUAAAUUAUUUGGAAAUUGAAUCUUGAUGUACACGUUUUUAUAGAAUUUGUAUGGGUGCUGUUUGGAGGAUUAGAGUGGGUGAUAACUGUUCUUUUGUAAGCAGCUACCUGUCUGUGUAAUCUUUUCUCAUCUGGGACAUUGCCAGGAAACUAGGUUUUUGCUUGGUUUUCCCUAAAUUAUAGUACUUUAGUUUAAUCAGGGGAACGUUUAGCAGUUUGAAAUACUUUUUAGCUAUUGAAACGAAAUUUAUACAACCAGUUUGAUUAAAUUGACCAGUAGAGGUUUAUUUUUACUCCUGCAUACUUCUGGUAUCUGUUUAACAGGUUUUACUUUGAUGGUAUCCCGUUUUGAACCAUGGAGUUGUCAUUAAGUUACAAUUGUCACUGACCAGAUAUCAGAAGUAUGGUUAGUCUCAAUUCUUUAAUUCACAUUUCAACAGAGCACUGGCAAAGAGAAUAUUUUGGCUCUCUUAUACUUAAAUCAGAUGCUAGAUUUUUUUUUCUGAAUUAAGGAAAUAUUUGUUAUAGAAGAUACACAGACUUCCAAUUUUAUCUGAACUUCUGGGUUCAUUAGACGUUAAGUUGCAUUAUUGCCAAUGUUUUUGUUGGUUCUAGGUAAGUAUGAUUUAGUAUAUUGCUUAAGCUAUUUAUAGGGACAAAUUUAAAUCUUAGAUUUUUUUUGUUGUUUAAAACAGGAAUAUGUUUUCAAAAGAAUAAAUGACUUUAAAAUUCAAAUUGUAUUUCAGCAUUCCUUAGUGUAACAUUUCUGUGUUAUUUUUCAAAGAUGGUAAUAGUUAAUUUAAGUUUCAAGGGUAAAUUUCUUGAACAAUUUUGCUUAUAUUUGUUCAUUAUACCUAUUUAGGAAACCAGACUUUUCAUGAGCAUGCACAAUGUUUACAGAGAGAGUUGUAUCUAAUUUGGAGUAUGCUGUAAUAAAAGUUGUGUUUUGGGAAAAUUA